AUGGUGUGCCUGCUCGCGAAGGACGCUGCGCUGUGCCUGCUGCUCGACAAGUGUGGCGAUGCCGCCGCGGUGCGGGACUUCGUCAGCGCCAGUUGGCAGCGGCUGCAGGAGACGCAGCAGCCGUCACAUCUGCAGCACGCGCUCUGGCUGCAGCGCCAGCUCGCGGAGGAGGCAAGACACGCCACCACCAACAGUAGUAGCAGCAGCAGCAGCAGCAACGUCAGACAGGCGCAGGAGGAGCUAGAGGCAGUGGAAAAGAGCGGCAAGGCGAUCAGCGACGGCAGCAUCGGCGAUGUGAGUGAAAUGGCAGCGGUGCUUCGUGCUGGUACGCGGUUGUCCGACGCGGUGAUGGAGCUGACAGUGCGUGAUGUGGUGCGGCGGCUCAGGGACGCGCCGUCACCGCAGCAGCAGCGUCCGCUGUCAUGCCUCAGCGAUGGAAGCACGGCGGUGGAGCUGUGGGUGGUGAAGCGCCUUGUCGUGCUGGUGCGUCGCGCUAUGGCGAUGCGGAUGCGGCAAGUCCUGCCGCCAGCUAGCACGUCGUUGUGUGUUGACCAGAAGCAGCAGCAACAGCAACAACAAAGGGGUGACGAUGACGACAGUGAGAGCGGCGGCGAUGAGACGUUUCGGCACGAAUGCGCUGUGCUGGUGCCGCUGAGUCUCUGCCGCUGCAUCCGAGGCAUGACGCUGCGAGACGUCGUUGUGCUGUGCUCUUCACGACGUGACAACCACAGCAGCGGCAGUAGCGAGGGGGGGAAUGGGAGCGGGCCGCGUUCACUCGCUCUCGUCAUCAACCCUGCUGUGGCGCCAGACAAUAACCCGCACCGCAAGGAGAAGAAUCAACGCAUUGAUGGCAUUCAGCACGCGGUGCUGUCACACUACUAUGAUGCCAUGGCGCGUCCAGGCACCGGCAGUAGCAGCAGCAGCACUGGCGCACUGCUUGGGCCUUCCGCACAGCAGCAGGGCAAGCACGCGGAGGCGGAGUCGUUUGCGAACUUUUUGCGCGACGCCUCGAUUGGGUUUGACAUGCAGAUCAUGGCGCUCUCUGGGGGAGUCGUGGGGUACUACAUUGCACACAUGCGUGGUGCGUCAACGAACACGUGUAUUGUGUGCGGGGCUGUCGGCCUUGUGCUGAUGUUGCUUGUGGACGCGUUUCUCUUUAUGCUUCGGAUGGGGAAGGUCGAUGCGCAGACGCUGAAGAAGAAGCGGCGGCGGUGGUGGUGGAAGCAGAAGCAGAGCCCCGGUGGUGUUGUGGCACAGCAGCAGAAGCAACGACUUGGAGGUGAUGGCUGUGCCGCAGUGGAUGAUGAUGCGGCGGCGCUGCUUAUGAAGAAGAACGCCUAA